AUGGUUUCUGCUUCUACUGCCACAACACCGCGCAGCAUCGCCCUUGCCUUCUGCCAGGCGUUCGAGAAACUCGACGUGGAUGCCCUCGUUGCACUGCGUACACCAGACUGUCGUCACACAAUAGCACCAGCGGCCUCAUUAAGUUUUGUUACCGAUCCAGAGAUGAGCAAUGAGCAAUGGGCCGCGCAUUUCUCAUUUUUGAAAGAUAUUCUCGCUUCAUUCCCCGUGACGCCAUUGGAAAUUUUUGAGGGAACGAAGUGGGAAGCGACAUCUGGCGGUCAGAGCCAGGAGGUGGCUUCGGUAACCAUCUGGGCAUUCAGUGAAGCGAUCUUUCUGCAGGAGGCCAAGGACAACGACGAACCCAAGACUGACUGGAAGUUUCGCGGAGAAUAUGUCUUCGUGCUUGUCCUGAAUGAAGCGGGAGACAGAAUUCAGAGGAUCCUCGAGUUUGUGGACAGCAAGGGACUCAUGGAAGUGUCUUUACCGUUGUUUCAACGUGCGGCGAGAAAUGUGGCAUUAAAGGAGGAGAACAAAGGAAGGGGAUAG